GACACGGUGAUAUUUCAAUGUAGACGCGGGCUUACAUCCUGUUUCUAUUCGCCACGAUGUCGACAAGAUUACUUCUACUUCUUUAUCUGACUGGACACGUAUUUGCCAAAAAAUCACCAGAUGUGGAUUGCUCGGUGGUGAAUUUGGAUUAUGUUUCCUGCACAUGGAAUAAGAUCGGGACUCCUGAGGUCAACUACACCUUCUACAGCAAGUUGGGCAAUGACCAAUGGAAAAUAUGCAACCACUAUUUGACAGAGAACAACAUGAACACUGGAUGUAACCAGGAGAUAGAUUCGGGAGAUAGAUUCAAAACAUUUCGAACUCAACUGAUAUAUGGCGAUGAUAAUUUUGAGAAGGGUCACGAGCUUAAAAAACAAGUCAAGUUAAACCCACCAUCCAACCUGACUGUCCUGAAUGGAUCGGACUUUAACCUGUGGUUUUACUGGAACCACACUUCUCCUGCUCGCUUACACUGUGUGGAGAGUGAGGUCCGCUUCAGGACAAACAACAAUAAAUGGGAUUUCUCUAAAGUUAGCGCCGGGAUUCAGAAAUACUGCAUCAACUUGCCCUCAAGCAGUUCCCGAUAUGAGCUGAAAGUGCGGAACAGAAUAGAUGAUUACUGUGGAGAGUCCAUAUUCUGGAGUGACUGGAGUGAACCUGUGGUCUGGGGAUCCAACAACAGCACAUACUCUGAUGAUUCGAUGUCUCCGUGGACGCCGGUGAUGUAUGUGGUGGGUGCUAUCACUCUCAUCCUGCUGGCCAUGAUAUUACUGCACCAUGAAAGGCUCAGAAUCAUCCUCGUCCCCGUGGUUCCCAAGCCAUCUCCAUUCCUGCAUAACAUCGAGGAUUGGUUUCAGUUCUCCAAAGGCCUGAAAGACAAUUUUAAACCGAACUACAACGAGCGUGCCUGCCCUGUGCGUGAGUACAACUAUGUCUCCCAGUCUGAUGUGGUGAGCUCCGACGGCUCCACCUGCUCUGUCACCACCGACCAAACCGACUGCUCCAUCGAACACGAUCCAGAAGACCUGUCCGCCCCCUUUCCCUCUAACCCAGUUUCAUCUGAGGAGGUGCAAAAGGCUUCCGUUUAGGAGCCAUGUUUGGAUUUCACAAACAUGAAUCAACAAACCUCCUGCAUGACUGCAAGAGAUACCUUAAUUUGACUAAAUAAACAGUAUGCCCAAUAGUUACUAUCAGAAUAACCCCAAUAAUUGGUUCAGGAAUUUAAUUUGAACACUGCCUAUUAUACAGGUCAAACCAAAGCACCUGAUUAAGAUUUUAGAAGUUAAUAAAGUUCAUAAAGACUUUAAUAUGUUUUUAAAAUCCUUGAGCUCGGACGAAUUUAUGGUUACUCUUGAAAACAUUGUUUAGACUCUAAAUAUUUGACUAAUUGAGGCUUUGACGUACGUAUAAUCCUUUGUUGACUUCCGACAUGAGUACUAUGAACUGUUUUCAUAGCCAAUCCCUUAAACAGGUUUUUUUAAAUCAUUUUUUUCUAUUUUUGUUUUCUUUUUAAAGCAGGAACGAUUCUUGAAGUGUUCAUUUGGAGAGACACGUGUCUCAAUACUGUACAGUAUUGUAUCCCGUAAGCUGAGCUGAAAGUAAUUACAUAUUAAUACUAGAGAUGGACCGAUCCGAUAUUACGUAUCGGUAUCGGUCCGAUACUGACGUAAAUUACUGGAUCGGAUAUCGGAGAGAAAUAAAAAAUGUAAUCCGAUCCAUUAAAUAUCAAAAAAGCACCUCACAAAACUUGUGACAUGGCGUAACUCGGCUCAUAACCGUAGCACUUCGGAGCAGUGUGCUCACGUGGUAGAGCGGCUGUGUGUAUUUGUAGCCUCGCUACCAAACCAGCAUUUCAUCUCCGAGGAAGUUAUCCCAGAGAGAAGUAAAGCAAGUGUGUAAGUUCAUCUCUGAAUGUUUGUAACGCAUUCCCACGUUAAGCUUAACAACCGAUAUAUGGAGCGACUGCCUCUUCUCUCUCCCUCCCUCUCCUGCUGCUACUUCAAUCGUGAAACUGAUUAAUGAUCAGCAGUGAUGGGAAUAAUAGCGUUACAAGUAACGGCGUUACUAACGGCGUUACUUUUUUCAGUAACGAGUAAUCUAACUAAUUACUAUUCCUAUCGUUACAACGGCGUUACAGUUACUAACAAGGAAACGCGGUCCGUUACUAUUUUUCAACAAACAGACGGUUGAAGCUGUGUUCAGCUUACCGCAUCUUAUAUCAGUUGCACGGAAGUAGCUGACUAUGUAAGUAAUCUGGACGCUACAGCUUUAAGCAGCUGCGCGCUCCCGCGGAGGGCAAUCACGAUCACUGUCUAGCACAACACCUGGAGCUAAGGGGGCAAAACAAUCGCAUGAGUGCUGCUGUUUGACUGAGGAAGAAUAAAGUAGUCGUGGUAAGCCAAUCACAUGACCACUUAAAGACAAAGCAACAAGGUGAUAUAUACCAGUUUAUAAAUUGUGUCGAUAGGCCACGUAAAACCAGAGUCAUGAUAAACAAUAUAUAGGCGGCGUUUUAGUUUCUCACGUUAGCACUAGCAAGCACUCUCUGCUUAUGAGCAAAAAAACAAAACAAAACAGGGGAAGUUUUAGGAGUGACGGCGAGAGAGAGAGAGAGAGCAGAAAAAAGAGAGAGAGAGUUUUGAGAUGUGAGAGAUUUGUGACGUUUAGCGUGUUUGGAGUGUGUAGUUAAUGUGUUGUCUUGUGUAGUUAGUGUGUAGUGUUGUGGAUAGUUUUGUGUUGUGUGUGUCAGAACAAUGAGGCGACUGCUGUCUCCAGGUAGAAAAAGGAGUGAUACACCUGCUGCUGUCAGACCUGCAGGUAUCAGGCUGUGAUGUUCUCCUUUAUAGUGGACAGAAAUUAUUUUUUUGGAGUGGCACAAAUAAUUUGUGUGGCAUCUUAUUGAUGCAGAACAGCUGAUUGUUCUGUAAAUAGUUUGAAAUGGUUAUUUUAAAAAAGGGUAAAAGGUAAAUGGAUGCAAAUAACUUUGUUGUUUGCAAAACUUGUGCAUAGGAUUUUAAAAUUGACAAUUAAUAUUUGCAUUUUAAGUUAUGAAAUAUGAUUCAUUAAAGAUGUUUAUGGUUGUUACAGUAAAAAUAUAACUUUUUCUACUCUGAUUUUAUGUUUUUUGUCUGAUUUUAGAUCAAUUGUGUUAAUACAGUAUGUCAAAAUGAAAACAUGACUGUAAAUUCAGGCAUGUGAGGUUGUGCUGAAAAGGAUGAUACCAAGCAAGACAAAGUAAAUAGUUUUUAAAGGUAAAAUGUGGAGGGAAAAUCAAAAGUAGUAAAAAAUGGCCAAUUAUAUCCUGGACCCCAGAGGGUUAAACGUUUUUUUUUAAAGUAACGCAAUAGUUACUUUUCAAGUAAUUAAUUACUUUUAGAAUAUUGUAACUCAGUUACUAACUUAGUUACUUUUUUGAAGCAGUAACUAGUAACUAUAAUUGAAUUACUUUUUCAAAGUAACUUGCCCAACACUGAUGAUCAGCUGAUUGGCUUUUCUGUCGCGAGUCCGUCUCUCUUCUUUGUUUUUGACCCACUUCGCUCCAGAAAGAGGAAACCAGCGGCUGAACAACAGCAGCACGUUUAACCUUGAUAAGCUGUUGUUAGAAUUUAUUUAAUAUUACUUUCUAGACCAGGAUCCUUUUCUACGUAGCUGACGGCUGGUAACUGUGCAGGGGCGGAUCUAGCAAAGUUUAGCCAGGGGGGCCGAUAGGGCAUUAACAGGAAAAAGGGGGGCACAAAGACAUACUUUUCUUUCUUAUUCUCAUUUAAAAUGUCUAGCUUUUAAUAAAUAAUUAUCUAAAUCUUACACCCAAAGUUUUCAUCUUAUGUAAAAUAUAUAGAAGUCCAUUACUGUAUAUAGUAACUGUUAAGUCUAAUAUACCCUAGUAAGCUAUACUACUUUUUCCUUUGGGAAGAUACCAUCUGUGCAGUCUGCAAUUCUGUAGAAGAAAGAUGUUGAAUCUAUUUAAUUAUUCUUGAAAAAUAAUUUAUUUCUCUGCAUUUUUUUCCCCACACUGCAUCAAAUUAAAGUUGAUUACGUCGAUUAAGCAUCAUGAGGUGGGGGGUGGUUCCCUUUUUUUUUUUUUUGCUGGGAGUUUGCAACCCUAUUAGUUGGGUUGCUUAAUAUUUCUGCUAAGUACUCUUUAAAAUACCAGAAUAGGAAGGAUGGAAUAGGUUUAAGUUUAUUAGAUUGAUCAGUAUUGCUGAACUAUGAAAUAUUUUGGGUGCAGUGUAUUUUUUACAUACAGGUAUAACAGAAUAGCU